AUGACGCGUCUCGCGGCGCGCGACGCGUCGACGCGCGCGUCAAACGCGGUCCCCGCGGCGGCACGCGAGGCUGUCGACGUGGACGUCGCGUCGCCGAUGAAGUUCUCCGCGUGGGGGAGCGGGAUGACCCCGGGCGAUCUCGACGAGCUGCGCGCGAGCUUUCAGGCGCGUUCUACACACUGGUUCCCAUACGACCGCGUUGGCGUGCGCGACGGCUUCUGUAUCCUCCGCCUCGACCAGCACCUGAACGACGACGUCGGACACUACGUCGACGACGCGAAGCGAUGGGAAUUCGACGAAGUCAUCGAGGCGCUGCGGUUCGAGUGCGACGCGCUGGCCGAAGGCGUGGACCUGAGGGCGAACGACUGCAUGGUGGAACCGAUGGAGGACGUCGCCGUCGAUGAAAAGAGGAAACGUAAACGCGACGCUCGGCGGCGCGAGAAGAGCUACGACGAUUCCGACGGCUUCGGACGAUUUUACUGCGAUUGCGAGCAUCAAAGCACGUCGCCGUCGCCGCAUCGCGAGAGAGAGGCGUGCUCGGCGAGGCGAUGCGGCAAAUACUUCCUGGAGAAACGGAUGACGCGCGUCGCGGCUUAUCUGCACGCGCGCGCCAGACCCGACCGGAGCGCGUUUGGCGACUAUACGAUAUCCCACCGUAACGAGGGUAACAGCUUCGCGAUGCGCGAGGGUCGGACGCGGAUGAUGCCCAACGAGGAGGAUCCGAAGUAUUCCUUUGAGGCGAUCCACGCGCGCGCGGUGUGCGACGCCCUGGACGCCGUGCUCUUCCGAUGGCUUCCGUCGAUCGCGAAAGUUUUCUUACGCUCGAAAGCCGCGUACCUGUUCAAUCAGCACUACGUCGUGAAGCCGGGCGUAUGCGCGGACGCGGCCGAGUAUUCCGGGGACGACGAGGACGGCGGCGAUCGGUUCGAGUGGCACACGGACGCGAACGAACAGCUCGCGUUGCUUCCGAAUCCGGAUGCUCGGAAACAGAAAUACGUCAGCCUGUGGUGCCCCCUCGACGCCGUCGACGAACGAAACGGGUCGCUCGUGUUGCGGCCGUCAGAACGGCCCUCACACCACGAUGACGGAUCCGGACGCGCGCGAGGAAGGAAAGACGUCACCGUCAGGGCUGAAGCUGGGGACGUGGUGAUUUUUUCGUCCGAUCUGUGGCACGCCUCCGGGCCGAACAGAUCGCGACGCGAGCGCCGAGUCUUUUACGCGCAAUACAGGCGCGUUCUAUACACUGGUCCCCAUACGACCGCGUUCGCGAGGUGGACGCCGAUCCUUAAGGACUUUUGCCGUCCUCUCUCCCCGCCCACCCCUCGCUUUCAAUCCCCGACCGCGACGCCUUUCAACUCCAACUGA